CCCUCUUCUACUUCAUCCUCUCUCCCUCAAUCAAUCCCCAGCUUCAUCCACCCCCUACCAUCCACCAUGUCCCUCCCCUCCAACGUCCACGUCUCCUCCCACCCCCUCCUCCACGCCAAGCUCUCGCAGCUGCGAUCCGCCUCCACCUCGACCCGCGAGACGCGCGAUCUGGUGCACGAGAUCGCGACCAUCCUGGGUGUCGAGGCGUUUGCAGCAGGCUGGAAGGUGAAGACAUCAGGCACAGACCACACGCCGCUCGGAAUCGACUACGAGACCAAAGACAUCGACCCGUCCGACAUCGCUAUAGUCCCGAUCCUGCGGUCCGGACUGGGUAUGGUCGAGGCUCUAAACAACCUCCUCCCCACCUCCGUCCCAAUCUACCACCUCGGGCUCUUCCGCGAACGCCUCACCCUGCAACCAGUCGAAUACUACAACAACCUCCCCUUCCACCGCCCCACCGCCACCAGCAGCAGAAACACGGCGGCCGCAUCCACCGCCAUCCUCCUGGACCCGAUCAUCGCGACGGGCGCCACCGCCGAAGCCGCCAUCCAGCUGCUCCGCGAAUGGGGCGUGCAGCGGGUCGUCAUGCUCAGCGUGCUGGGGUCGGAGGCCGGCAUGCAGCGUGCGGCGGGGACCUGGCCCGAGGGCGUGGAGGUGUGGACCGGCGCCGUGGAUCGCGAGUGUAAUGAGCGCGGCAUGAUCGUGCCCGGGUUGGGCGAUAUUGGGGAUCGCUUGUUUGUUGCUAUUGGGAAGUAGCGUGUCUUAUCGCUGGAGGGGAUAGUUGCGAUGGGUAUAUGAAUAUAUGAAUACAUGGAUGAGUAAAGCGGGCGAAUAGAAAUGAUAUUACUGUCUGUCUGUCUGUCUGUCCGGAUGGAUGGAUGGACAUGCACUGGACUGGACUGAGCAGGCAAUGAGAAAGUAUAAAGGUACCUUGGAAAGCUGAAACGGUAGGUACACACACAGUACAGAGUACAGAGUAACACACACAGCGCAUACAAAGCAGAAAGAAAGCAA